GGUGCCCUGAGCCGCUUCCGAAUCGGUCCGGCUGGCUGGCAUCGCCGCCUUCGCCGGAGCUGCCGGGCGCUUCACCUGCUGCCUCCGCCGCCCCGAUCGCCGUCGAAGACGGGCAGGAGGUGCCGGUGCCGCCGGGCUCGCUCUGGACCGGGUGGCGAUGCUGCGGGGAAGCUGAGCGCGGGAGGCGGAGAGGGAACGGGCGCCUGACCCGCCGCGAUCGCCGAGCUCCCGCUCCGUUUUCGCCCACCUGGAUGCCCCUUGCUCCCCCCUCGCUGCCUCCGAGGCGCGCAGACACCCCACCCCCCAAGCAGGGGAACCGAGGUACAUAUAUCCCUUCCCCAUGUUCGUGGCUUCCCCGACUCUUAAAUCUUUUGCCCCGUGACGCUUCCACACGUGACGCCGGUCGCGCCUCUUUCCGCACGUGUGAAUGCCGCUCCUGCGGAUCAGAACGGAAAGGGCUUUCGGGAUCGCGUCGCCGCCGAAGCGGGUUUCGAAUCUAGGACGUGGGGACGCGCACGCAAGCAGCUUGUCACAGGGUUUGACAUGUUAGAGACCGGGAGCAGCUAGAACGUGGGGACGCGCAAGCAAGCAGCGUGUACAGGGUUUGACAUGUUAGAGACCGGGAGCAACUCCUUCCUGGCCUGUGCUGUGUGCGAACGGUGUCCUGUGAUGGAUGGGGUGCGAAAAAGACUCCAGUGCGAAGCGUGUCGCGUAUUAACCACGGUUGUUUUCAGUUAGGCAGCGCUGAACUUGUUCCAUUACUAGUGGGGCAUUUUGAGAAAGUGGAUCUCGCGUGUAGAACUUUUCUGGGAAAUGGGAAGAUGGCUUUGCAACAUCACUGGAAUAUGCUCUGGUGCGUGGGCAUAGGUGGUGGAGGAGGGGAGGCAGCUAAAUCAAUACAAAUCAAGACAAAUCAGAGGUGGUCUCCCUCUAUCAAAAAUACUGGCUACACCCAUGUUCUUGUGCAUAGGCUCCUCCACCAGACCUGUUGAGCUGCAUUUCUCUUAACGCGCAACAUUGAAAAAGAGACUUGCGCUAGCAAAAGGACUCUUGGGCCAGUGGAUGCACAGCGCUGCAUAUGACCCCAGACCUGUUCUAAAUCUCAGUCUGUGAAAAUGCCUUAUAAACUGGUUUGUAAGGUCAAACGUAAAUCCUAAAAUGUAAAUGGCUUCUAUCUUGCAUUAAUACUAUUCCUGUGUAUGUGUAGGGGCAGUAUAAGGGAGGCAAAAAGUGCCCUUUGUGAAAAUUCCUUUUAAUUCUUCUCCCCCAUAAUAACAACUGAUUUAAUUCACAUUCACAAUUGAAGGUCAUCAUUUAUGAAAAUUCCUCGAGGGCAUUUUCCUUUCCCUGUUGCUUUAAUAACCGUUAGGAUUUCUGAGAGUAUAUAGAUGUGGCCAAUAAACUGUUCAUAUACACUUCAAUCUCGCCUGGAAUGUUUGCAGUUUUUAUGAGUUUGAGAGUUUUUAUAAACUUCUCUCGUGUUCCUUGUCUCUCCCUCCUCUUAAAAGUGUUUAGUUUCACGUUAUGCAAAUUUGCUAUUCCUAGUGGCUUCCCCUUUGAUUCAUUCUUUCAUCAUUCCGUUAUCUUCUUUGCCCGAAUCAGUACCCAAUACCGUAUAAAAGGAUGUCUGCCGGGGGAUGUUAAUGUCUUUUAAAUCACAGUAUUCAUUUCUGCUAUUGAAGCAACAUGUGCAGGCUACACUUCUUGCAAGAAAUGGGUUUGCAGUCUGGUCUUUAGAACAGAUAUGUAAUGUGUGUGUGUUUGUGUGUGUGUAUAUAUAAUGUAAAUAUAUUUCAGUGUCCAUCCACUGGAUUUGCAAUGUAAUCCCAUGUACACAUUACUUUGGGAGUAACUUGCAUUGAGUUCGGGUGCAAAUGCUUCGUCAAACAGACUUCACAUUUGUCCGAUAAUGAAACCUGUUGCCUUGGUUACUUGACAGAUUGCAAUAAUACUUUGCUUGCUAAAGGAGUAAGCGAGUUGGUCUCUUGUUAAAUAUUGGAGUCUUAGGUAAAGUGCUGAGAAAUAGAUGAGAGAGAGAGAGAGGAAUGAAAAAAGAAUUCCUCGGUUCCUGUGACAGGCACAUUUCCUCCUAUCUGGCUUUGUCUGAUAGGUGGCUAAAGAUAAUUUGGCAGCUGCUGAUAGGCUGCCGUGGCAGAGGAGUGUGUUUUGUGGGGGGAGACAGGUAAGAUGGUUGCAGAACAGGAUUCCUGUUUGACGUUGAAAAGUUAAUGUCCAGAACUGUUUAUUUUAACUGACUCACAUUGUAAUUAUGGUUGGGCACGUUAGCACUGUAGUAUAGCCUGCCCUCAAUCCAUUAUAACAUUGCUUACUGCCUUUUUGAAUUCACUGCAUGGAAAUUGCUUCUUUCACAAAUGCUUUCCAGAGGUAGGAAGAGAGUCCCUGUGCUUGGUAGAAAUUUGCAGCCUAAUUCCACCUUCUAUAGGGCCAGUGGAUGCUUCUGAUGCAACAACGGUCGCAAGCGUUGAUUCCUGUCCCGAACUUGGCUGCAGGACGCUAGCAUCCAAGACUUGCUGUAGCUUCGUGGGGGCCCAUGCCUAUGCUUGGAUGGGGAUGAGGAACCUGUGAUCUUCCAGAUGUUGCUGGAGUUCAGAUCCCAUCAUCCCUGACCGUUGGGCAGGCUGUCCGGGGCUGAUGGGAAUCGGAGUCCCGCAGUGCUGGUUUCCUGGCCCUGUGCCAGGGUGACAGAGCCAUUGCCACCACCUGUGUCCUUGGCUCAGCCCUCAACUGCAUAGAUCUGUUCUCCAGCUCUGUGCUAUCUGUGGGUGCUGCUGUAGUAGAACUAAGGGUGAGUUAUGGAGCCAAGUGUCCCCUUGCAGCGGGGCAGUGGAAACUAGCAUGCGAUUUAAUGCUUUGCAGCAAAUGUGUGAGAGGGCAUGAAUUACACUCCCUUGAGAAUUCUCUGAUCUGUGAUCUGAUCUCAGUUUGCUUCGAAAGAACAGGAAGGAGAAAGGCUACUGAAUAAACCUCUUUGGCCUGCUAAAGUUAGCCACGACUGUGUCCCAAUGGAGCAUGUGAGUCACAGCCAAUUUAAAUCCCAUUGCUUUUAAUGAAAGCCAUGACUAACUUUUAAUUGGAUCAGAGCCUUUCUCUAAUAAGAGGUCUACUGGCUUCUUACAUUUAUGUUUCUUCUAGGCUUGGCAAAGUGGUGUCAUGUGGUCAACGAGUCCAGCUAAUCAAUACUUACUUAGAAUGCUGCUUCAUUUCUGCCCCCUUUUAAAGCCGCUCAGCCCCUGCAGUAUCUAGGAUUCAGGUUUCAGAGGGGUAAUACCUCUGGCAGGGGACCCUCAGCUCUCACCUGUGGCUCCUAGAACCUGUCCGCAUGCAACAGCGGUCAUACCCCGGGAACGGCUAAACCAGGUGAGGGUACCUGAUGGGUCUCAAACCCUAGGUGAGUUAGGGACUUCCCCUUGCAUGAGAAGACAGGCUCUGGAGACUUGCACUAAUGCCAUUAGAUAAAUAGCAGGGAUUUGGUAACACUGGAGAAUUUGUAGUGUAUUUGGUGCCAGGAUGGAUUGUGUUCUAUCCUGCACUAAAAAUGAUGCCUGGGAAGGCGAGAGCUUUGUAAUUCAUGAUUAUAGGUGCACUGUGGAUUGAUCAGUGGUUUUUUUCCCCUUGCUAUACCAAACAACCACAUGGGAGUCCAUUUCGUCUAUAUAAAAGCAUUUCAUUGCAGAUAGUCUUCCAGUGUAAUCAGAACCCUGCCAAUAUAGUGGAUUUUAAAAUAUGAAAGAUCUCAGCUUUUCUGCAUCUUAGUUAGCCUCUUCCCUUUCUCUCACUUGCGUUGUCCAUUUAUUAAAUAUUUUAGUGCCCACCUUUGCGCUUUUUGAGCAUUUAAGGUCCUGAAUUCUAAUCUGUGGGUUGCCAUCUGAUUGGAUUUUACUCUGAUCUUGAUCUGAUUUUAGGAUAUAUUUUAAUUGAUUGCCUGAUUUUAUGUUGUGUGUUAUACAUUUGAUGUUAGCCACUCUGAACCCGGUUUUGGCCGGGGAGGGCGGGGUAUAAAUAAUAAUAAUAAUAAUAAUUAUUAUUAUUAUUAUUAUUAUAUUUUAUUUUGACCUGCUUCAUUCCCCUCCAAACCUGGUUAUGAAUUAUUUAGCCUUCUCUGACUCCAACCAAUUUCAGCAUUACCAGGUGCCCAAAUAAGUUUCAGCACCCUUCCAGUUCCAGUGGCUAUGCUGUCAAAGAGAAUUAAGUUUCCAAAAUGCAAUGGGGCGAUGGAAACAGAGCAUCUCCCUGAGAGUUGAGGUGCAUUUGAAACAUCUUUCAUGACCUUAGUCCCUUCCUUUCAGCAUCUCUGCUCAUUAUCCUGUUGCAAGACCUCUGCAAUACAAAUAAACGACUGCAAGAGGAACUGAAGGCCAAGGUAAGAUUGUUCAUUUGCUAGAAUCUUUCUUUCUUUCUUUCUUUCUUUCUUUCUUUCUUUCUAAAACUCUGCUUUCACAAAUGGAAUUAUGUUUGGGUUUUAAUGUGUUUGAAUUUCCAGGGACACUUCCAGCAAAAUGAUUUUAAGCCCAGCUUGGUAACUACAAAUGGGGAAAGCAAAUAGUCAUGGAAUUUACAUAAUUCAUGGCACGCUUUGUAUUUUAAAAGCUUUUUAGGUUGUGAAAUCUAAAACAGCAUAAUGUGGGAGACUUCAUAGCUGUUACAUAACUGCCUGAAUGCAAGCUAUGGUAAAAAAAAAAAAUACCAUUUAAAUAUUCUUGCCAGGAUAUAAUCUUCUGGCCAGGGCCAUGUCUUACCUUGAACAGCCACCCCCUACCUGAUGUCCUCAGAUUGAAUUCUGACUCCCACCAGCAAUAGCCAGCAUGUCCAAUGGUCAGAGAUGGUGGAGGGGAAUUGCCAGAAGCAGCGUUAGAAACUCAGAUAUAUAAGCUAGGUGCCAAAUGGCUCCUUAAACUGGGGUUACAGUUGCCAAAAUGUAAUGCCUAGUUGUCAUUUUGGGGUCAGGUGGCUUGAGAGUUGUAUUUUUCAAUGCAACUUUUUGGUUCCUGAAAAUCGUUCUGUGCAGAUAAAAUAUAACGGAUAGAAUUCUACAGGAUGGGCUAUUAGUGUGUGAAAACAGUCAAGACUGAAGGAUCCCCAGGCAUGUGCCGCAUGGUCGCAAGUGGCCAAUAGCCAGGUGUGAAAUGCUCCUGGCGAAUUUUCAAAUGAGGGCCAAAAGCAUCUGAACUUGAGCAAGGCUGAUCUUGGUUAGCAAGUGCUCCUAAACCCAUCUUUGCUUCGUAACAUGAAUGUUCAAACAGGUGGGGAAAAGCAGUGCUUAACCUUUCUGCUGUGAUUGCUGUUAAUCUGCAGCCAAUCCUCUAGGGGUUGUUUUUCCCCAGACAGGCUCCACACUUGGGAAGAAGCCUAGCUGUAGGGACAGAUUCAUAGUACGUGCACUAGGUUCAAUAUUAUUCUGCCAUAUUCGUUAGAUGCCAAGGUUGGCAUCACUGAGAACGGUCAGCAUAACUGGCAGGUAAAAAGAAAACUGGGACUUCCAUGAAUGAUUCCACAAAAGUGGCUGUCAGAGCAAAAUAGCUCCAGGUAUCUGUUUACACUCGAAGAGGAAACUUUUUUUAGUUAACGUUGACAAACAAAUUCAGUUUUUCCUGAUUUGCACUCACAGUUAUAAUUUGUAGUCAUGGUGUCACUUAUAAGCAGCAAGAAAAUCACAAGAGCUUGUUGAGUAUCUCAAGGGCAACAGAGUUGUGGGAAUAUUUAAAUAACAGCAUCUGUUUCCAGGAUCUUAAGUUGUGUAUUAUUGAGCUAGGUCACAUGAUGCUUUUUUGCUGACCCAUAAAAUGUUAAGUCUCCAUAGCCAUUCUUAUGACUAAAAGGGCCAUGGAUUCUCAAGUGAAACAGAGAUUAGUGACAUUGGCAGGAGAUUUUAAAAAGCGUGAGGUUGGCGUGUGCCUCAAAAAGAGACUUAAUCUUGAUUUAAUUUCACGCUGCAAAUGUUGAUAGUUGCUUUAGCCAACCAAGAAAAUAACCGUUAAUGCUGAUGCCUGAUAUCCAAGGGCAGGAUGCCUUUUCACUUCAGUAAUUUUAUAGAACUGGGGUUAUUAAAUCCCGGAGAGUUUUGUGCUCAUCUUGCCACCUCAUUUCAGUUGCGGUAGGGAAUGUUGAGAAGCUCAGAAGGAGCGUUUUUUUAAAAUUACAAUUUUAUUACCAUUGGGCUUUCAUCUCUUAAAUACAGAGUGAAUAUAUGAAGGAAGGCGUUGAGGAAUCAGCUGAAGAUGAGGCGACUGAAUCGGAAGAAGACUUUGAAUUUAAUGAAGGAAUUGGAUGCCUUCCCAAAAGUCCCUGAAAGCUACAUAGAGACCACGGCAACUGGAGGAACAGGUAAGCCCUGCUGGCAGAUUAAUUUCCAUUUUUAAGAAUUAUGUUCAACCAAAGGUGGGCCACUGUUGAAUCAUUUGCUCUAGCAAGCUGCAUUAGCAUAAUAAAAACGGAUACAAAUAUUUAAAAGAGCAAGCUGUCGCACAGUGAUUUUCAAACUUCACAUUAAAGAAACUUGCCAAUAUAGUUUUAAUAUGGUUUGAGAAAGGUAAUGGAGGCCCCACAGCCCAAAUUGGUUCUAUUCGGAACUGCACCCAAUUUUCUCCCUCUUCUUCUUUUUUUAAAAAAAUAUUUUUUAUUGCUCGAUUUCCACAUAACAAAUUAUCAAACCAUAUAAUCACCUACAUAAUUUCCCCCCUUUAUUUCCUCCCGUCCCCCUCCCCGCACCAAGGACUUCCCUCAGCUCCUCUCCCUGAUUUCACUGCACAUAUUUUCUCUUCAUAUUAUAAAAUUGUAUAUAUCCUUACAUAUCUGUCCAUCAUGUUAUCAACAAUAAAUUUGGGUAUGUUUAUUCAAAAUCUCUUCUUCUACCCCCAGUGGUGGAGGAACCCUCUCUGGCACCCAGGGCGGGACGCCAAGGGGCAGAGCGAACCACCCGGUGACACACUGCUCAUGUGCGGCAUCCCGUGCGGUCGCCAUGCGAGAGGCAGUCUGUAUGCGCAGCGCCCAUACUGACUGCGCGCGCCCUCGGACACUCUGCAGCUGGGGGGAGGCAGGAGCCAUCUUGUCUCUCACACACACACACACACACACAGAGUGGCACCCGUCUGCCCCCCACUUUGUACGCCCCUGUCUACCCCAUGUUGACUAGAGUCAGAAGUUCUCAUGACUCUCAUUCUCUGGAGGACCCCUGAUUUGGGUAAAUAACCCUACAGAUUUGGGUCAACACUCUUGGAUGCAAAGGCUUUAAAGCCCUAUACAGCCUAGGACCCUCGUACCUACGGGACCGCCUCUCCUGGUAUGUCCCACAGAGGACCUUGCAGUCUUCAAACAAAAACAUCUUGGAGGUCCCAGGCCACAGGGUGGUUAGGCUGGCCUCAACUAGAGCCAGGGCUUUUUCGGCUGUGGCUCCGAUCUGGUGGAACACUCUGUCACAAUAGACUAGGGCCCUGCGGGACUUGACAUCUUUCCGCAUGGCCUGCAAGACAGAGCUGUUCCACCAGGCCUUUGGCCAGGACACAGCCUGACUCCCUCCUUUGGCAAUCCUCACAGAACUCUAGCCCAAUGGUUGCCAUUAAUCUGAUUUGAACUGAUUUUAUAAUGAACUGAUUGUAGAAUGUUGUAUUAUUUUACUGUUGUUAGCCACUCUGAGCCCGGCUUCAGCUGGGGAGGGCGGGAUAUAAAUAAAUUUUUUUUUUUUUUUAUUAUUAUUAUUAUUAUUAUUUCAUCAUAUCUCAAAAUCUAUCAUCUGAGACAGGUUUCUAAACCCUACCUGAUGUUGGGGCUGGCCUUAGCUAGCUGCUAAUUCACCUAUGUAGCAGUUUCUGGGAUACAACUGAGGGGAUAUGCCAGAGUUUGUAGGCGGCGUUAAAUAAACAGAAACACCAUUUGUGGCUGCCUCUUUCGCCCUCUUGCACAGGCAGGCUAUUACUCCAAAGUCCCCAAAUAAUACCCCUCCCCACAGAAUUUUGGGGGGUUGUGCCACAGGGCUUGCUCCCCAAGAAGUGUGCGCAGUCUUGGAUUUCUUUUUGAACGAUUAGCAUUGUUACAUUUUGCUUGCCCGAAUGAUUACUCAGCCUUAAUGAAAAGGCUGCUUUCUGAAUACCUGAACUGAACAUAUUGUGCUACAAAACUGGCCUCUAGUCCUUUUCUGGCGCUUUUCAUGUGUGCUCUUUGCUCAUUAGGAGCAAAAAAGGUUGAGAAUUUGCUUUUUAAAACCUGUAAUUGGUACAAAAAGCAUUCCUCCUCUCUGUUUUUUUGGCAGACCUUUUCCGGGUUUUUGCAUUGCAAGAACUCAUUGAGCUUCUGUUACUGAAUAUGGUGUGCCCUUUCCUACCACGGAUCAACCCCUUCACCCAUUUUUAUGAUUUCUCAGAUAUAGAAUUUGCAAGUUCUGUAUUUGCGCUCGCAGGCUUCCCAUAAUCGUUUGGUUGGCCACUGCGAGAAAUUGGAACAGGAUGCCUGGGCCAGAUAGGCCUGUGCAAGGCUCUUUUUUGUUCUUGUUGCUUGUGUAGACCAUUGCCUUUUAGGAAUAACGAUUGUGACUUUCACCUAAGCGCUCCCCUUCCAUAUCCUCCAAGGGGCAUCAUGAGAACUGAUCAAUCACACUGAAGAAUGGGAAAGGGGAGAUGAAUUAGGGGACACAAGGUUGGGCAGUGUGUCUGGAGGUCCUGGGCUGCCUAGACAAGACCCUUCGUGGCCUCGCUGAUGUGGUCCGAAGGAAAGCAGAGCAAGACAUCUGGCACCAGCUUAGCUGCCAGAGUUGCCAGAAGGAAGCUUGCAAGGCGCCAUCUGGCAGUCUUAGGAUCUCCACUCUGGAUUUAUGUUGGGUUUCCUCCUCCUGAAGAUAUCCCACAAGGCAGCAGAGGUGUAGGAUCAGAGUUUUCUUUCUCCUAGAUGGGCUACUUUCCCAGUUUUCCGAGGCCAAUCUGACUCUCAUUUCCCUCGACGGCACAUGCAGAAACUGUCUUCUUGACUGCUGGACCCACUGCUGGCUUCGUCUGCUCAAUCCGCCAGAGUCUGUAUUUGCAUGCAGGGGUCUCUAACUCAGUGAGGGUUUGAGACCCCUUGGCCACCCUCUCCUGGUUUAGUCGCCCAGUCAAAGCUGUUCCCAGGGUGUGGCUGCUGUCGCAUGCGGACAGCUUCUAGGAGCAGAGUAAUUUUUCCUGAGUUUUUCAUCGCUGCCCUGAAGCAGAGUAGGGAGAAACUUUUCAAACUGCAUUGCUUAAUAUAUUAAUGUGUUUAGUAGAAAGUGUGUUCCACGUUCCCUUUUUUCUUUUUGCAAAUUCAGUGGAUAUUGUAUUUAUGCUAGCUCUUUCUUUCUUUCUUUCUUUCUUUCUUUCUUUCUUUCUUCCCAGUUUCUUUAAUAGCGUUUACAACGAUGGCUCUCUUAACCAUAAUGGAGUUUAUGGUCUAUCGAGACACCUGGAUGAAAUAUGAAUAUGAAGUAGAUAAAGAUUUUACAAGGUAAUUUUUCGCUCAUUUGCUUUUCAAACCUGUGCGGAUUGCAUGCUGUUUUACGCUUCUUAAAAACAUCUUGGCUGCCCUCAGGCAAUAGCUUUCAGAUUUCCAUUUGAAUCCAGGAUGCCCUGGUAACAGCAACGCCCAGCUAAUUGAGAAGCUGAAAAACAAAAUUAUUACCUAUCUCCUGGGGCAAGAAGAAUUGAGGAGAGGAAGCAUGGCAUUUAGUCAGAGUCCAACAGAUGUGACCAGUUACCUGGGGAUAAUUCAUGUUGCUCUGUGAGCACGAGACCCAUUACUGUGUGGCUGAACUCCAUGCCUUCUCAGUAAUGUCUGUAGGAAGAAAUCACAUGACGAUUGAUUUGGUUACUUCUAAUGUGAACGUUGUCCUUGAGCUUGUGAUCAAAUCCAUCACCUAAGCCCAUGAAGUUGCUGGUCACAUCCUGUAGGAAUUAAUGUGCUUUCCUGCCUUUCAGAAUCAGCUGCCAUGCUGGUUAGGCACUUAGUAUUUAAAAGUCUGACACCAUUGGAUUUGCAUGUUCUUGCAGUUAUCCAUUUGCCGCUGGCCAUGGUUAAGAGUGCAGGGAUGCGGGUGGUGCUGUGGGUUAAACCACGGAGCCUAGGACUUGCCAAUCAGAAGGUCGGUGAGCUCUUGUUGCUCGGUCCCUGCUCCUGCCAACCUAGCAGUUCGAAAGCACAUCAAAGUGCAAGUAGAUAAAUAGGUACCGCUUCGGCAGGAAGGUAAACGGCGUUUCCGUGCGCUGCUCUGGUUCGCCAGAAGCGGCUUAGUCAUGUUGGCCACAUGACCCGGAAGCUGUAUGCCGGCUCCCUUGGCCAAUAAAGCAAGAUGAGCGCCGCAACCCCAGAGUCGGCCAUGACUGGACCUAAUGGUCAGGGGUCCCUUUACCUUUAUGGUUAAGAGUUAAAAAUGGCCUGCAGGAUUGUGCAGUCAUUCCCCUCAAGGGUGACGUCUCCUUGCCCUUUCCCACAAGACUUCACCUUUAUUUACCUAUUUUGAUUGAUUGAUUGAUUGAUUGAUAGAAUUUAUAUACCGCCCUAUACCCGGAGGUCUCAGGGCGGUUCACAGGACAAAAUCAAAAUAUAAAACCAAUGUAUAUCUCCUUUCCUCACAGAAAAGCUCAGGGUGGCUAACAAUCAUCCUUCAUUAAAUAAAUAAUUCCCCUUUGGCAGUAUAUGUCCUGGGGUAAAAUCCUAAAAAAAGCUCAGCAACGUUGGGAUAGAAUUGUAAAAAAGUCUCAACAACUUCAAUCCUAAAAAGAGCUCAACAACUGUGGUCGGCCCUCACACUUAUUCACUUCAUCAGAUCUGGCCCUCUUGAAAAAUGUUUGGGCACCCCUAGUUUAAGGCUUCAUUGGGGCCCAUUUUUGGGAGUUUUCCACUUGGUAACCAUUGGGGAAAGAGUCCUUUCAGUGUUGGCAUCUUGGUUAUAAAAUUAUCUCCCCCAACACUUCAUGCCAUUUUCAAUCAGCUGAACACCUUUUCAUUCUGUCCAGGGUUUUAAAUCUGCUAUAAGUCUGGGGCUCGCUAUUUACUGUGAUUUUUGAGCCGUUUGAAGCCCUGACUUCAAUUCUUGUUUAUGGCCCAACCCAAGUUCAUGUUAACCAUGGUUAUUCUCGAUUCUUUAACAAUGGUUAAAGCUUGUAACGAAUUCGUAAUCGAUGGGAAGAGAGCAUACAAUCCGCCACUUGCUCCCAGUCUCUUAAACAUGGCUAACGGGUCGCCUGCCUUGCAUCCCCCAAGUUGAGAAAUAAUAAUAAUAUUCAGAUCAGAGCACAUUUUGCCACGUGUCUGCCUGCUGGGCAUCGCUUGGGAGAAUCAUCAGCGUCUUGCCUCUCUGUUUGAAGCCGAUGUGAUCUUAAUGCUUUGGCAAAUAAUAGCUGUUGUGAAUUUUGGCUCCUUGCUUUGUUGUCAUGGAGAUAAUUGGCUGAUGUCAGCAUCAGUCUAAUGAGCAGGAGGUGCCUGGAAAUUUUGAGAUGCUGUACCCCUUGGUAAGAAAUCCCAGGUGAACUAUCUUGCCUUGUUUGACCAGUUAAAUGUGGGGGCUCCUUCCUAAAUCUAUUGAGUUGCUUCAACUUCCUGUUCCUUAUAUAAAAGAAAAAGAGUAUUUUGAGUGUUUCUGCCUUUCCACCUUAUCCAAGGCUCUGCAUAUCUUUCAAUAUUCCUUCCAACCUUUUAAGAAGCACUGUGAUAGUUCACGGUAUUAUGCACACGGAAGUCACUGCAUGUAGGUACUUUCGUAGGAGUUUCUUCCGAUUUCUUCAGACGGCUCUGUUCAACUCACAGAUACAACCACUUUUAUCCGGUGCUGAUUUGUAUGUAGAGACGUUACGUCUUGCUUUAAAUAGAAAUGCAAUCUUGGUUCCUUUCCUUACUUCCUCUUGUGGGUGUGAAUGCAAGCAGAAGUGAAACAAAUUAUAAGCAUUCCCGUUCAGAUAGCUUAAUUGAGGCUUUCUGCGAGGAGAAAUGCUUUGCCAAGGUGAGAUUUUGCAGUAGUCUUUGGCCUCGAGUGCAAAAUGAUCGGCAUUUUAACUGGACAUAGAUAGAGCACCAAGCAGAAUGUUCUUUACUCAAGAUCCACAAACAGCAAUUUGAAAGAGGAGCAGGAAUACACUACUUUGCGGUCAUGAGAUGUUCACUGCACUUCUGGGGCAGCAGUCACAUGAGAGAUAGCCCAAACAUAAUAGUUUGAAUCCUACAAACUGUGAUUUGGGAGAUUAGGGACUUAGCUCGUGGUUUGCAUGCAUGUGCAAACUGAGGAAGGCCAAACAUGCAAGAAGCGAAGUUACAGGGAACCAGGCAGAGGGCCUUCUCGGUGGUGGCGCCUGCCCUGUGGAAUGCCCUCCCAUCAGAUGUCAAAGAAAUCUGAAGGCAGCCCUGUUUAGGGAUGUUUUUAAUGACUGAUGUUUUAAUGUAUUUUUAAUCUUUUGUUGGAAGCUGCCCAGAGUGGCUGGCCUGGGUAUAAAUAAAUUAUUAUUAUUAUUAUUAUUAUUAUUAUUAUUAUUAUUUGUUCCAGAAGUCAAGAGGUGAUGCCCACCAUUCUUUUGCAAGGUAGCAAAUGCCUCUCUAAAUCUGCCUUUAGCCUUCUGGCUCAGAAUUCAUGGUACACACUCGUAGUUCCGAUACGAAUGAUCUGCUGUCUCCUAUGAAGCGUGUGAGCCACUGUAUGCCAUAGGAAUUACAGUUGUACCUUGGAUCCCAAACGCCUUGCAACUCAAAUGUUUUGGCUCACGAACACCACAAAAUGAGUGUUCCAGUUUGCGAACGUUCUUUGGAACCCAAACGUCUGACGCGGCUUCCGAUUGCGUGCAGGAAGCUUCUGCAGCCAAUCGGAAGCCGCACCUUGGUGUCGAACGUUUUCAGAAGUUGAACGGAUUCCAUUUGACAAGCAAGGUACGACUGUAUUCUACAGCAAUCUCACGUAGCUUUUGUGAAAUUGACAUGCUUUGUCUUCUUUCCCCCCUAGCAAAUUAAGAAUCAAUAUAGACAUUACUGUCGCAAUGAAGUGUCAGUGUAAGUAUUCUGAUGCAAUGCUGUUCAUUUUUUCAGUUUGAAAUUACUAUUUUUGUUACAGUAAUAGGAGGGCACUAUCUAUUACCCACAAAAACAAGAGUUGAUGCCAAAAAUUGUGUCCCCAGGACUGUGUGAUCAUUUACCUCAUGGCACAGGGAUGUUAAUUUUAGCAAUAAUUUCUUUUUUAAAUACACACAUAUAUAUUUAUUUCCUUUUUCCUUUUUAUUCGAUAUUAAUCCAAAAGAAGUGAUGUUAAAAAUAUAAUAAAUAAUAAUAAUGGAAAUAUAUUAUAUAUAGCUUUCUCGAUCUACAUAAUAAUAUCUGUAAAGUUUUACUGGAAUAGAUUAUAAUAAAAUGUGUGGAUUUACAUUUUCUAGUACGUUAUUACACUACCCCAUUUUUCUAUAAAACAAACUUAAUGUGGUACAUCUGCUCAGAGCAAGUGCUUUCCAUAUUUCUAAGUGCAGACAGUCAUUUAUUCACAAAGUAAACCUGAUUUUUCUGUUUUUUCUCUGGUAUAAAUCCUCAUUUACUAAUGCUCUGGACUAAGUUCAACUUCGCUAAGCAGGAUGAGCUUUGCAUCACAUAAAACUUUAGAUAAUAAGACAUUUGUGGUUUUUUUCUGUUGCCUCUAACGAUUAUGGUAUUUACUUGGAAGAGGGAAAGGGGAAAGAAUCAACCCAGUUCUGUCUUUAGGGGGGGGAAAGAAUCCAUUCUUUUCUUACUGUAAGAAAAAGAAAAAUAGAAUUGCACAUUGGAGCUAAUAUAAAGCAAAAUGAGCUGAAAUAAUGCCCAUAUACUUUACGGCAGCCUUCUCCUGAACUAAGGCAUUGUAAAAUUUGCUUGUCCUUUUUUACUUAUCAGACGUGCUGACAGCAGUCUGUAGCAACAAACCACGCAAGGCUUUGCUGUCAUGAAAGGACUGUGACAUUUCCAAAGUCCUCAUUAGAAAGAAACGGGUCACUUAAGGUGCUGCAACUGGGCAGCUCAAAAAACUCACCAUUGCACAAUCUUUUUUCACGUGCGGCGCCAAAGGUCGCUGUGACAAACUGAGAUCUCCUUAAGAGGCAGAAGGAAGAAAACCUGACGUUUUUCAAGACAAACUGUUAGAAAAAGAGCUGUUAGAUAUGCCAGUUUUACCGGCCUGUUUUUAUUCUUACCUGCCUGCCUUAACAUUUAACCUUUUUUGCAACAGAUAUUGGGGCCGACGUUCUAGAUCUGGCAGAAACAAUGGUAUCCUCUGCGGAUGGAUUAGUUUACGAGCCAGUAAGUUCGCUCCAUUCCAUUCAUAAAUGUAGAUUCUAUUCAUAAAUGUACAUUCUAUUCAAAGGUAGAGGGGCAUAGAAAACUACUUUUCAUUUUAAUGAGCCUAGGCAAAGAUCCACAGUUUGCAGAGGCCCUGUGCACAAGGUUUAGGUGUGUAAAACAAGAUGGAUGAACCUUAGAGAAUGUUCAGGGUUCCCCCUGCUAUCCUUGGACUACAACUCCCAUUAUCCUUAGCUAGCAGGACCAGUGGUCAGGGAUGAUGGGCAUUGUAGUCCAACCACAGCGAGGGGCUUGAGUUUAAGAAACACUGCCUUACCAAGUACCAUAAAAGUCCCUGUUCCAAGGAUAUUGUAGUCCAGAUUUUAGACUGGGGGGUGGGGGAGGUGAGGAAUGCCAAGAAUAGCAAGGCUUGAAGGCAAGUUCAUGCAUUAACAUAAGCUUAGUUUCAUUUGAGGAUUAAUCAUUGCUGUGGGGCUGAACAUUUUCCAUUUCUUAAAAUUUUAUUUUUUUUUAAUCAUAAAAUCUAGUAAUGUGAGGGAUACAAAACCAGUUUCAAAUCUGUGACUAUCUCUUUUUAAAUCUUUCUUGUUGCUCUUUGGAAAAUUAAGAUAUUUACAUGGCGUGUGAAAUUAACACGGCAUUCUUUAAUUUUUGCGGAACUCUUUACUGAAUGUCGAUCUUCUCCGUUGCAGGUAAUAUUUGAACUCAGUCCUUUGCAAAGAGAGUGGCAAAGGUAAGAAAUAAUACAGGUGCAAUACAGUGUAUGUAAGCAGGCCGAAUAGGGGUGGGUGUUUAAAUUUGACACACACACACAGUUUCCACUUAAAACUAAGAAAUAAAAGUAAACAGCUAAUAGCUCACAAUGCACUUAGGGGCCUUCUGCAGUUCAAGUCCAUUUGCCGUGUAAUUUCUGCAAAUGGAGCUGGCCGCAGUCGUCAUAGAUCGAUCUACUGCCUGGUUGGGAAAACCUCCGGAUUUUGCUGGGCUGUAACUCCCAUGAUGGGACGUGGGUGGCGUUGUGGGUAAAUCCUCAGCGCCUAGGACUUGUCGAUCGCAUGGUCAGUGGUUCGAAUCCCCGCGGCGGGGUGAGCUCCCGUCGUUCGGUCCCAGCUCCUGCCCACCUAGCAGUUCGAAAGCACCCCUAAGUGCAAGUAGAUAAAUAGGUACCGCUUUAUAGCGGGAAGGUAAACGGCGUUUCCGUGUGCUGCGCUGGUGCCGGCUCGCCAGAGCAGCUUCGUCACGCUGGCCACGUGACCCGGAAGUGUCUCCGGACAGCGCUGGCCCCCGGCCUCUUAAGUGAGAUGGGCGCACAACCCUAGAGUCACGACUGGCCCGUACAGGCAGGGGUACCUUUACCUUUACCUUUAACUCCCAUGAUCCUUGACCCAUGGCUGCGCUGACUGGGGCUGAUGGGAGUUGGAGUCCUGCAACAUAUUUGGGGUCAAAGGUUCCUCAUCCCUGGACUACUGCAGCGCAUUGUUUGUGGGGCUGCCUUUCAAAAACAGCUCGGAAACUUGGCUUAGUUCGGUAUACAGCUGUUGACUGGAACCAGUCUGAUGGAGCGCAUCCCACCGGUUCUUAAGCAGCUGUACUGGCUACCAGUUUGCAUCAGAGCACAAUACAAAGUGCCGGUCUCCAUCCCUCCGGUUCCUUGGCAUCCAUCUGUCUCGGAAGACAAGGGAGGAGUGUGCCUUUGGGGGUGAGGUCAAGCUGUUGGAAGGUUGCAGUGCCUGCUGUGGCUGUAGACACUGAUACGGGAGAGACAUGUUUUGCUGCAGCUGGGGCAGAUGAAGGCGUCCGGUUUUGCCGCUGCAGAUUCACCACUGCUUUUUUUUCCUCUGCGCUCCUCCCAGUGAUCCUUUCGACUUGACUUGACUGCCUGCCUCCAAGCACUGAGUUUUUUAGGGGCUCCCUUGCUCCUGCGUUAACAUACGGUGGUGCUGAGACCGUCUUUGCACGGUGCUGUGCCAUAUGGGGCUCAAGUCUGGGAAUCAUCCAAAACUGGGCGAAGGGAUAUUGUGUCAGCAAAAACUAUGCUGGCGUAGCCCCACGCCACACAGCCCUCCCUGCUUUGGGGAUGAGCGGGCUGGAACACGACCCUCUUAAAGGUAAAGGUAAAGGGACCCCUGACCAAUUAGGUCCAGUCGUGACCGACUCUGGGGUUGCGGCUCUCAUCUCGCUUUAUUGGCCGAGGGAGCCGGUGUACAGCUUCCAGGUCAUGUGGCCAGCAUGACUAAGCCGCUUCUGGCGAACCAGAGCAGCGCACGGAAACGCCGUUUACCUUCCCACCGGAGCGGUACCUAUUUAUCUACUUGCACUUUGACGUGCAAAGUAGAGAGGCUUUUUUGAGACUUGGUGGAGAGAGAAAGCUGCCUUCUGCUCAUACAGUGAGGGAAAGAAGUAUUUGAUCCCCUGCUAAGUUUGCCCGUUUGCCCUCUGACGAAAAGAUGACCAGUCCGUAAUUUUAAUGGUAGGUUUAUUGUAGCUGCGAGAGACAGAAUAACAACAGGAAAAACCCCAGAAACCCAGAAGACAAAAAGUCAGAGAUUCUGUCUCUCACAGCUACAAUAAACCUACCAUUAAAAUUACGGACUGGUCAUUUCUUCAUCAGAGGGCAAAUUUAGCAGGGGAUCAAAUACUUCUUUCCCUCAUUCUAUGACUUUUGGGUGCAACUUUGAAGGUUUCUUCCUGUUUCAAAUUUUUGUCGCUAGCAAAUAAGAGUAGCCAGUAUCUUGUGCGUGUUUGUGUAUAGACAACUAAAUACUGUACAGCUUUAUUGUGUCCAUGUCACACAUGGCGUGGGGAACCUGUGGUCCUCCAGAUGUGCUUGGGCUCAAGGAUGAUGUGUGUUGGGCAUCAAAUAACAUCUGGAAGGCCGUGGCUUUCCCAACCCUGCUUUUACGCGGCUGAAUUCUUUCUCCGUUAUCCAUCUGAAUUGCAGGAUGCUGCAGAUAAUUCAGAGCAGGCUGCAGGAAGAACACUCCCUCCAAGACAUAAUAUUUAAAAGUGCUCUAAAAAGUGCCUCGACGGCACUGCCACCAAGGUAAACGUUCGCGGUUCGCAGUUCACCCUUUGCUUCAAGCAUUUACUAUAUGCAGGGGGAUUAAAAAUAAUAACAAUUGUAUACAUGUGGUCUUACGCGUGUUUCUUCAGAGGCAAAUGCCAUUGCCAUCAAGGUGUGUUUAAGAUCAUACAGAUCAUACUGAUCUGCAGGUUACUCACUUCUGUAGUCUCCUCCCCACAGAAAAAAUGCUACGCUUGCUCACCAGCAAGUUCCAGUGAAACUAAUGGCUCUUAAAUGUGUUUUUGAGGAACUUCAGGGGGCAGGGAAAGGAAGCGAUUUGACAGUUCUGACAUGAAUUCUAAAAUAGCUCAAGCCUGUAAGGAUAUUCUUCCUGGAUGCUGCCCUUGUUGGCACUGUGUCUCUUUUUGUUUCUGAAAUCAAACAUGCCCUUUCCUUUCUUCCUGUCAUAGGCUGAAGUCAACAAUGACUUCUGGGCUCCUGAGGAGCUCAACCUUUGGCUUCUUCUGCCGUUUGUUUGCCCAGUACUGCAAAUAUCGUAACUGGUGACACAGAAAUGCCCGCGGGGCAUGAAAAGUAACGUUAUCCGUGGCUGUAACUCGUUUUCCUUCUUCCAUCAGGGAGGACAAGUCAUUCCAACCUCCAGAUGCCUGCAGAAUUCAUGGGCAGCUGUAUGUUAAUAAAGUCGCAGGGAACUUUCACAUAACUGUGGGCAAGUAUGUUCAUUUCAUUUACUGAAAACACUAUAAACCAACUCCUCCCUCCGUUAUCGGCAUGUUGGGGGCUUCACUUUAUGAUGGACAGAUCAGCAGUGAGAACAUAUGCAUGUCUACCUUGAAACAAAUUCAUAGAAACAUAGAUUUUUAGACCUGGAAAGCUAUGAUUGUGUCUUUCCUCAUCUUGUCCAGGCCCCUGCAAUGCAAGAAUCUUUUGCCGUACGUGGGGCUCAAACCCAUGACCUUGAGGUGAUUCCCAUCCCCCUUUUUUAUAACACUGCUUUUGAUUUUUUAAAAAGCCCUUUGGGAUUUUUCUCCUCUCAAGAUUAGACAUUUUGAAUAUCUACCUAUGAACCCCUUGGGAUGGGAGUCAAAAAACUGGUCCUGCUUGCGAAAACGUGGGCAAGGACUUCACUAGCACAACAGGGCUCCCCCCCACCCUCUAAAAUUGGCUCAGUGGGUUCUGGAAAACCUCCAGAACAAUACGCUGUGGAGGGUGGAUCAUUCUGUUGGGCAAGCUGACAGAACGAUUGCCAAAGUGCUAUGCUGAUUUCCUAACUUUCUGUUUAACCUUCCACCGAGGAAUCUCAAGUCACAUGCUUGUUUCCCCACCGUGAAUAAUGUUCUUUUUCUCAGACCUUUAGCGUUAGGGUUGUAUCCAGUGGUUGUGUUGGCAGAGGGCAGCUCAGGCAACUGAUAUAGUAAUAAUAAUAAUAAUAAUUAAUAUUUAUACCUCGCCCAUCUGGCUGGGUUUCCCCAGCCACUCUGGGCGGCUUAAAGGUAAAGGGACCCCUGACUAUUAGGUCUAGUCGUGACCGACUCUGGGGUUGCAGUGCUCAUCUCGCUUUAUUGGCCGAGGAAGCCGGCGUACAGCUUCUGGGUCAUGUGGCCAGCAUGACUAAGCUGCUUCUGGCGAACCAAAGCAGCGCACGUAAACGCCGUUUACCUUCCCUCCGGAGCGGUACCUAUUUAUCUACUUGCACUUUGAUGUGCUUUCGAACUGCUAGGUUGGCAGGAGCAGGGACUGAGCAAUGGGAGCUCACCCCGUCGUGGGGAUUUGAACCGUCGACCUUCUGAUUGGCAAGUCCUAGGCUCUGUGGUUUAACCCACAGCGCCACCCGUGUCCCCUCUGGGCAGCUUACAGCGCAUUAAAAAUGGUAAAACAUUAGUCAUUAAAAAUUUCCCCAUACAGGGCUGCCUUCAGAUGUCUUCUAAAAGUCAGAUAGCUGUUUAUUUCCUUGAUGGGAUCUCUCCUUCAUCCCCUGUGCACGGUGUGGGCUGUACCAUAUGGGGCUCAAGUUUGUGAAUCACUGAAAAUUGGGCAAAGGGAUAUUGCAUCAGCAAGAACUCUGCUGGUGUAGCCCCAUGCAACACAACCCUCCCUGCUUUGGGGAUGGGUGGGCCUCUGGAGUGGGCCUCAGCCCAGUAUACCUGAAGGAGCGUCUCCACCCCCAUCAUUCUGCCCGGAUGCUGAGGUCCAGCGCCGAGGGCCUUCUGGCGGUUCCCUCACUGCAAGAAGCCAAGUUACAGGGAACCAGGCAGAGGGCCUUCUCAGUAGUGGCACCCACCCUGUGGAACGCCCUCCCAUCAGAUAUCAAAGAGAUAAACAACUACAUUCAGAAGACAUCUUAAGGCAGCCCUGUUCAGGGAAGUUUUUAAUGUGUGACAUCUUAGUGUAUUUUUGUUCUUUGUGGAAACCGCCCAGAGUGGCUGGGGAAACCCAGCCAGAUGGGCGGGGUACAAAUAAAUUAUUAUUAUUAUUAUUAUCAUCAUUAUUUUGAGACUGGGUGGAGAGAGUGAAAGCUUCAUUCUGCUCAUGCGACUUUAAAGGAUUUUUUUCUGUCUCAAGUUUUGGUUGCUCACGAUUAAGAGUAGCCAGUAUGCAUCAUCAUCAUCAUCCUUUUUAUUCGACCGUCAGUCAGAAAAAAGUACAUUUUAUCAAUACACAGUUAAAAACAUCCAGGAAGAUUUUAAAACUUAGCCAACACUAAAAUGGGCUAAACAGAUAGCCCCAUAUCAAUACAGUCAAUUAUAGUCUUGCGACGCUUAAAAGCUAAAAGAAAAAUUUGGCCACCAAGGAAGGUAUAGCUCUAGUGGCGUUAUUCAGCAAGUGUAAAACCUGGUUUUCUCCGGGUAGGAAGCUGAAUUGACAUAGGAGAGGGUCUAUAAAAUUUUGUCUAAGCUCUGCAUAAGAAGGGCAAGUCAAGAGAAUAUGUUCAGUGGACUCAACCACACCCAUGGCACAAUGACAGGUUCUCUGGGCGUAUGGUACCCCCCUGUACCUUCCCCACAAUAUCGCAGAGUCAAGGACAUUUAAUCUAGCCGCUGUAAGAAGUCUCCGGUAUUCCACAUAAUGGAUUUCUGCAAGGUAGGGGGCUGGUAUAGUCCGAUAAAUCUGGUCCCCUAGGAACGUCCCUGGUUUUACCUGGGCUAUGUCCUCUUGUCUGGCAAUGUCACUCAGUCUCCGGGAGAUCACAGCUCUAGCUUGAUUGUACGUCAUAGACUCAAAGUAGAGGUGAGAGUAGCCAGUAUGCAGUGUGUCCGCUAACAAGCCAGGCACAGUGAAAUAUCAUUUACCAGAUUCUUAAAACGCUUACACCAAAUUACAUUGAUGUCAUCUGGCAGCAGUUUUGCCAUGCACUUUGAAGACUAGACAAAACUGCCUUGGUCCCUGAACAUAGACUUAUUUCAUGGGCUCCACUGAGCAACGUUUGGUCUUUGGCUGCCUGCUGCUCUUCUGUAUACACCAGGGGGUAGCCAUUCCCACGAUCUCCAAAUGGCUGUGUCCCCUUGUAAGUGGUGCUUUGCUUUGCCUAUUGAAGUUUGUCCUUCUUAUCGCAUCCUUUUGAUUCUGAAACUUUGUUCCCUCCUCCCUCUUUUUCUCUCUUUCCUUAGGGCAAUUCCGCACCCAAGAGGCCAUGCGCACUUGGCAGCCCUUGUGAGCCAUGAAUGUGAGUCCCUUUUGUGAUCUUGCGUGAAUAGAUUGUUAGUUAUGAGAUGUUUGGGGCAAAUACGUCUAGAAGAAAAACAUUUUGAGAUACUCCCUCUGUGAUGUGGCACGUUCAAAGAGCUCUGCCUGCUUCUUUCGGACCAGUUCAGACCUACCGCUGGCACCAGGUUUUGUGGAACAGACACAGUGGUACCUUGGUUCCCAAACUUAAUCCGUUCUGGAAGUCCGUUCCAAAACCAAAGCGUUCCAAAACCAAGGCAUGCUUUCCCAUAGAAAGUGAUGCAAAAUGGAUUAAUCCGUUCCAGACUUUUGAAAACAACCCCUAAAACAGCAAUUUAACAUGAAUUUUACUAUCUAACGAGACCAUUGAUCCAUAAAAUAAAAGCAAUAAACAAUGUACUGCAGUCACACAAUCAAUCAGUAGCUGAACUGGGUUCUACACAGUCACAGAAACAAAACAAAAAAGCCACAAAAAUGCAAAAUAAAUAGCAAAAAUAGACAGACCUCAGCAUAACACUCAAAACGGAAGUGUGGCACUCAAAACGGAUUAUGUUUGGCUUCCGAAAACAGUUCGCAAACCAGAACACUUCCGGGUUUGCAGUGUUUGGGUUCCAAGUUGUUUGAGUACCAAGGCGUUUGAGAUCCAAGGUACCACUGUAUUGGCUUGGGGGGGUGUCAUUGUGUAUGAUGAUGAAUACCUCUCUCUCCCUCCCUUCUUUCAUGGAUAAAUCUGUCCCUUGCCCACUCCCUACCCAACUUCUUCUUAUUUUAAAAUUAAUUUUUCAUUAAUAACAAUCCAAUGGAGGCCACAUUAAUACAAUGCCAAAUCAUAUCAAAUCACAAUACAAUCAAAGGAGCCAAUUAAACAGUUCCGAAUUAAACAUUUUUGGAUGACUUCCUGUGUUCCGGCUAUCAGGAGUUGAUGUUAUUUCUUGAUCCUGCGCCAAUUUUCUUAAUCCAAGUUCCACAAUUCCGAUCUUAAUCCUUUGUUCUAGCAGCCACUGAUGCGAUGACUUUCGAUCGUAUUUAAUAAAUCCAAAUCCAUUAACUUGCAGAGGGGAUUUAUAUCUUGUAGCUGUGUGAAAUAUUUGUUUACCUUCUUCAUUUUCUUCAUGUUGUGAUCAGUCAAUUUUAUUCAACAUGGCCCCUCCUUCGAAAGCUCAUUUCUAGGUUUGUCACAGCUUCAUUUUGCCUCUCUGAGACCGAAAGCCGAAAGAAGUCAGGCCGCGACUUAUGGCUUACUUUCAGUGUUUAUCUCCUUGUUUCUUCUAAUGAGCUGGCGUCUCACCAAAGCCAUCAUAAAUCAGAACUAGAGCUCUCUUUAGCUGGCAAUGUUACAAAUCAUCCCAGUAUUUCACACACAGUCUAUUCUUUCAAGCAUUCCGUAAGGAAAAUUGUAAGUUCUUAUUGAAUCCCUCUUGCAUUCCAUAGAUGGUUGUAAUCAAUUAGUUAUUUCCUUCCAUUAAUAAUUCCCCUACCCAACUUCCAUCUUCUGUGUGGUCAUUGGCAUUCGGAUUAAAAUGAAACCAGGUGCACCCCUUUACCUGUUUUAAUAACAGCGACCCAUAAGAUUGAAAUUUUGUAAAGGGGAACAAGAGGGAUCUGUGGGUGGAAAGACCUGGUUAUUAUUAUUUAUUUAUUGUUAUUUAUUAAGUUAUUAUUUAUUGAGUUUAUGUACCGCCCUAUACCCAGAGGUCUCAGGGCAGUUCACAGAAUAAAACUGAAAUAUAAAACCACAAAAUAUAUACAGUGGUGCCUUGGUUUACGAACUUACUCCGUUCCAGAAGUCCAUUCUUAAACCAAAACCGUUCUUAAACUGAGGCACGCUUUCCCUAAUGAGGCCUCCCGCCGCUGGUGCCCUUCCACCAUUCGGAUUCCAUUCUAAGACCGAGGUAAAGUUUGCAAACUGGGACACUACUUCCGGUUUUGUGGAGUUAGUAAACCAAAUCGUUCGUAAACAGGACUUUUCUUAAACCAAGGUGCACUGUAACGAAAAUAAAAACAGCAACCCAAUAACCCCCCCCCCCCCAGAAAAGAGUCACAUUUUAAAAGGGCAUAGGAUGUCAAUAAGAUCAACCAAAGGCCUGGUUAAAAAGGAACGUUUUUGCCUGGUGCCUAAAGGUGUACAAUGAAGGCGCCAGGCAAACUUCCCUGGGGAGAGCAUUCCACAGACGGGGAGCCACUGCAGAGAAGGCCCCGUUCUCGUGUUGCCACCCUGCGGACCUCUCAAGGAGGAGGCACACAAAGAAGGGCCUCAGAAGAUGAUCUCAGGCUCCGGGUGGGUUCAUAUGGAAAGAGGCGGUUCUUGGGGUAUUGCAGUCCUGAGCCGUUUAAGGCUUUAUAGUUCAAAACCAGCACUUUGAAUUGGGCCCAGAAACUAAUUGGUAGCCAGUGCAGUUGGACCAGGAUCGGUGUAAUAUGCUCAGACCGUCUUGCUCCGGUGAGCAACCUGGCCGCUGAAUUCUGCACUAGCUGAAGUUUCCGAACCGUCUUCAGAGGCAGCCCUACGUAGAACGCAUUGCAGUAAUCUAACCUUGAGGUUCCCAGAGCCUAGACAAUAGUAGUUACACUAUCCCUGUCCAGAUAGGGGCGUAGCUGGGCCACCAGCUGAAGUUGAUGGAAGGCACUCUGGGCCACUGAGGCCGUCUGAGCCUUGAGCGACAGCAAGGGAUCCUGGAGCACCCCCAAGCUACGAACCUGCUCCUUCAGAGGAAGUGUAACCCCAUCAAGAGCAGGCGACCUCCCACCCAUCCGGUCUAGGGAACCACCCCCUAACAGCGCCUCAGUCCUAUCUGGACUGAGCUUCAGUGUGUUGGCUCUCAUCCACAGUUUCAGACUGAACUGAGCCAUCUAAUAUUCUGAAACACAAUGACUGCCGUGUUGUUUAGUCGUUCUUUAUUUGAGCAUCCUGCUCACGGUAAGUCUGUGACAAAUCCUUUCUUUCCUUAUAAGCAGUCUGACGUUAGCAUAAAUAUUUGCAUCCGUUUUUGCAUUCUGGAAGACUGCACAUGCUUGAGCUCUGUGUUUUGACUCCAGGUUCGUCGCUUUGUGCGGGGCUUUGGGGGUUUAAAGAAACCUUUUUAAAAUAUGCUUUUAAAAGGUAGUUAGAAGCCUUACUUGCUUGAAGUUAGCUGUUAGAAGUUGUUUGGCUUAGAGUGAAAUUCUCAGGGACUGCAUAACUUGAAACAGAACGGCCGCUAUUGGGGGAAGCUAAGCAGCGCUGCUAACUGCGGCUUUUGUUCUGUUCUGUUUUUCAGCAUACAACUUCUCCCACAGGAUAGAUCACUUGUCUUUUGGGGAGCUCAUCACGGGGGUUAUCAAUCCUUUAGAUGGCACUGAAAAGAUUGCAUCAGAUCGUAAGUGUCACUCACCUCACAGAAAAGUAUCUUUCAUGUUGUUCUAUUUUUAGCAAUGUCUUCUUACAUUAUUUAUGUUCCCCGAAUUCUUAAUAGAAUGUGAUUUUUUUGGAGGGGAGGGGGGUAUCUUCCUCAGUUGUAUGGGCUAUAAAUUGCCCUGAGUCAAAGCAAUAUUGAAAGGCAGGUUUAAAAAGUAAAAAAAAGUUCCGUUCAGCCUUACUUUACAGUUUUUAUUUCCUACUGCAAGCUUGAUUUUCUUGCCUAUCUUUCAGUCGUUAAAAAUCCAUCUUCACUUAAACUAACAGUACAAUUUUGACACUUAUGUAUGAGGUUGGUUUUUUUUUUAUCCCAUUCAAAGAAGCCCUACAGUGCAAAUAUUAUAAUUUUAUAUAAAGACUAACGUGUAUUUAAAUUCUGGGUGAGCCUUUUACUGAUUCAGAAGUAUAUUUUUUGUGUGUGUGUGAGAGAGAGAGAGAGAGAGAGAGAGAGAGAGAGACAAAAAAACCACACAUAUAAAUUUAUUUAGCAAAUAACCCAAUACUUUUAAUCAUGAUGGGUUUAGGCCAGUGGUUCCCACCUAAUCAUCUCUAAAAUCCUGAUCCCCCCCCACCCGUGAAAUAUAAUUCUUAUUAUUCAAAAAGUGAACUCCUUUUCACAUGGAGGAAGGCCAUUAACUUGGUCUAAACAUUCUCAAAUUGCCCCCCAUGGGGUGUGUGCCCCACGUUGGGAACCACGGGUUAAGGUGGACUCAGUAGGGCUUCCAAUAGGCCUCUGCUUUACCAUUGUGAGAAUAGGAUGCUGUGCAAGAAGAGCUCUUCUGGAUCUAGCCAAAGGCCCAUGAUAUUCCAGCAUCCUGUUGUCACAGUGGCCAACCAUCCCCCAGGCACUUACCCAACUUGUGAUUUCCAGAAACUGGUACCCAGAGGCAUGCAGGCUACAUUGGCUUUGGGUCUAAUCUAGCAGGGCUGCUUCCUUCCUACUCUAUGAUUCUUCAGAUCUUCUGAGAAUGCAUGUGAGGGGCCGUGCCUGUAUGUUGCAAACCACAGUAUUGGGCUACGGUUCAGCUGGUUGCCUUUAUGAAAGUUUUCGCUUGUUUUUAAAAUGCUGCGACCCACCUCAAAUCACAUCGGUGCCUGCAAGUCUGUGCCGACUGUUUCUUUCCCAAAUGGGGAGUCUUGUUUCAAUAGGUACGGGGUUUUUUUGUCUUUUAGACAACCAGAUGUUCCAGUACUUUAUCACUGUUGUGCCAACAAAACUUCAUACGUAUAAAAUCGCAGCGGAAACCCAUCAGUUUUCAGUAACAGAAAGGGUAAGUCUGUGCGGGAUGAUAACUUGGGGAAUGCCGGUGUAAGUUGUAUAUAAAUCUUGUUCAAAAAAAUAUGUAUCAAUAAAAUCUCUCUCUCGUUAUAUUGUGACCUGAUUUUCUUUUUCCAAAAAUUCACGAAUUCAAGCUCUCCCUAAAGCUUUAAAUGCUAUUGAAGGGUGGAAGUCAACUGUACUUUACUCAGAGAAGACCCACUGAAAUUAAUGGAGCCAAUUCUGUCAUGCUUGUUAAUUUCAGUGAGUCUUCUCUGAGCAAAACUGAGGCAAGAGACCAUCUUGGCUGUUAGUCCUGGAAGACCUGCUCCCUGCUUUGCAGGCCUUUUCCUCCUGGGCUGGGAGGGUGGGGCCUGGACUGACUCCAACUACAAAAGCUGAGGCUGCUGAACAGACUAUUGGGCUGGGGUGUUAUUUACUGAUACUAAUUUUUUUGUAUCUUUUUUCUAGAUCUUACAUUUGAUGUAGAAAUUGUUCAAUUUUGUUGUGUGUUUUUCUCUGUUUUAUUUAUUAAAACAGCAAACGAAUUAUCAUUGACAAAUACUACAUUUGUUACGCUUAAAUUAUGUAAUUUUUGUGUGUGUUGUAAGCUGCCUUGAGCACAGUUUUAACUUUGGAAAGGAGGUGUGCAAAUAAAAUGAGCGAUUGCUUGCCUGAUUGGUGCCAACAAGGUUGGAGUUUUGCCACCCUCACUAAAUAACAUUUCAUUUCAGUGCCACCUCACUGUUGCCAAGAAGAUACUCACAAGCUCUGUUUUCCUGUCUUGUACAAGCAACAUACUCCGUCUUUGCUUGCGCACAAUCUAAAGUUGCUAAAUUGUGUCCGGCUUUCCCCCCUGUUGCCAGGAAAGAGUGAUAAACCACGCGGCAGGCAGUCAUGGAGUGUCCGGGAUUUUCAUGAAAUACGACAUCAGUUCCCUUAUGGUGACGGUGACAGAAGAACACAUGCCCUUUUGGCAGUUUUUAGUGAGGCUUUGUGGCAUCAUUGGAGGAAUCUUUUCGACGACAGGUACGAGCUCAGAUUAUGUUGCAAGGGUUUCAUGAAGUCUAUCAAGGGCCUGUUUCCUCCUUUUGCUAUUUGAACUGUUUCCCUUCCUCCACGGCAUAAACAAGAGUAGGUUCUCCCUCUCUUCCCCCCUUUUUGUUAUUUCCCUAACUCCCACCCUGCUGACGACCGUGUCACUGCUUUUAAAUCAGUGGUAUUGGAGCGUCUCCACCCCCAUCGUUCUGCCCGGACGCUGAGGUCCAGCUCCGAGGGCCUUCUGGCGGUUCCCUGACUCACUGCGAGAAGUGAGGUUAUAGGGGACCAGGCAGAGGGCCUUCUUGGUGGUGGCACCUGCCCUGUGGAACGCCCUCCCAUCAGAUGUCAAAGAGAUAAACAACUACCUGACAUUUAGAAGACAUCUGAAGGCAGCCCUGUUCAGGGAAGUUUUUAAUGUGUGACAUUUUAAUGUAUUUUUAAUCUUUGUUGGAAGCUGCCCAGAGUGGCUGGGGAUACCUAGCCAGAUAGGCAGGGUACAAAUAAUAAAUUAUUAUUAUUAUUAUUAUUAUUAUUAUUAUUAUUAUAUUAUAUGGGAGAACAGCCACACACUCCUUAACCACGGGAGAAUUUCAGAACCCUCACAUGCUACAUUUUCAGGUGUACCUGUUUUAAAUGUGUACCUGAAGUGCAGCUGCGGCCCUCCAGAUAUCAUCGGAUUCCCAACCCCAUCAGCCUAAACCUAAAUCAGCUUAGGUUUAUCCGGUGGCCCAGAAUGAUGGGAGUUGUAGUUUAGCAACAUCUGAAGGGUCACAGGUCAUAGAGUGUGAAUGAAGAGAGAGUCUCUUCCUUUAAAUUCCGGGGAGUUUACCUUAGUGAAGACCUCACUUGGAAAAACAAUAUAACUCAGGUGGUUAGCAAGGCCCCAACAGAGACUCCAUUUUCUCAGGGUCUUGCGAAAGAACAAUGUUAAACAGCCAUUGAUGACCUCCUUCUACCGGUCCACAAUAGAAAGUGUCCUCUCAUGUUGUAUCACAGUGUGGUAUGUUGGCUUGACAGCCACGGACAGAAAGUCUUUACAGAGGGUGGUGAACACAGCACAUGAUAUCAUGGGCUGUCCCCUGAGCCCACUAGAUGACAUCGCAAGGGACCGUUGCCUUAGUAGAGCGAGAAAAAUUCUCAGGGAUGAUUCGCACCCCGGACAGCACCUCUUUAAUCUUCUACCCUCAGGCAUGAGAUACAGAAGUAUAAUCAGUGGUACCAAAAACAGUUUCUAUCCAUGGGCUGUUAGGCUGCUGAAAAUAAUAUAGUGCAACUAACUUUCGGGGUUGGUGUGUUGUGUGACAAGCACAUAGAAUGCAAUGAGAUUAAGUGUUGGCGGGGGGAGGCUCAGUUAAUUUCAUUGUACACGGGUUGUACAUUGACAAUAAAGGUAUUCUUGUUAUUAUCAUGUUUGCCAAAUGGUACCUUAACACGAGGCGUGCUGUCAGGAUGGGUUUCCAUUCCCUGUUUUGUGUGUAGCCGGUAGCUGAACGUACGAAAUGGUUCUCAUUUUAUGACUGAUUGCAAAGCUACAUGAAUAAUGAAAGAGCAGCUUUUCCAUACGUCCAAAUUGUUCUCCCUUUUGCAGGAAUUUUACACGGCAUUGGAGGAUUCAUAGUGGAAAUCAUCUGCUGUCGUUUCAGACUGGGCUCUCAUAAAUCUACAUCUGUAAGUGUAUUCUGAGGAACGGAUCUCAGUGCUUAAAUAUGUGUUUUGCCUGCCAAAGAAUUAAAAAUAAUAAUAAUAGAUGGCAUCCUUAGGGCUGAGAAUAAUAGAACACACACUUGCCAUUACUGGCAGCCCAGUGGAAUUAAAAGUCAACCGGGACGUGAUCCAGACCAUUAUAAACUACUUUAAACUCAAGGAAGCCUUAUUGAGUAUUUCCUUAUUGAGUGUACUUCUGCUUUCAAUAUUUAAUUUUAUAAAGCCACUGAGAAUGCUAGCCUAGGCCAAGGAGUCAGAAAAACUGAGAUUACCGUAUUUUUCGCUCUAUAGGACGCACUUUUUCCCCUCCAAAAAUUAAGGGGAAAUGUGUGUGCGUCCUAUAGAGCGAGUGCAGGCUGCGUGGCUAAGCCCAAAGCCAGAAUAGGGAGACGGAGCGCUGCGGAGCACUCCAUCUCGCUGUUCUAGCUUGGGGAUGGCUGCGCGCAAAGCCUCUGCAGGGCAGCGGGGCGCUGCGCUCUAAAGGCUUCAGGGAUAUUUGAGGCUGGCGGUGGGGGAAAGCAGCGCUUCCCCCCACCGCCAGCCCCACAAGCUCGGGUGAAUGCACCUUGAACGCACCUUGUUUUAGAGGGGGAGAACAAGAAAAAAAAUAUUCCCCUGUUCUUCCCCUCCUAUGGUCCGGUGCGUCCUAUAAAGCGAAAAAUACAGUACUUCUAAAGGAAGAUUUUAGAGCAGGUGAUAAUAGUAGCCCUGGGAUGGAGAUUGGGAAUCCUGCGGAGCAAUAACACUCCUCAUUAUUUGCAGUAUUGUCCAGCCAGCUCUGUCAAAAGAGGCUGAUCUCGAAAAAUCUCCUAUGAAGCUGUAUUCUGUUCAGUUCUUCUCGUCAUACUCCCCCUUUUGUCAAUAAUAAUAAUAAUAAUAAUAAUAGUAAUAGUAAUUUAUUAUUUAUACCCCGUCCAUCUGGCUGGGUUUCGCCAGCCACUCUGGGCGGCUCCCAAUCGAAUAUUAAAAACACAACGCAUCAUUAAACAUUAAAAACUUCCCUAAACAGGGAAUUAUAAUUGCUACUAUCCUCCAGAUCUGGCAAAAGGAACCAAUGCAGAGAAUAGUAACUCCUCUCUACCAGAAAGGAAGAUCCAGGGAUACACUUGCUCUUCUAGUUGUGAAACUCGCGCAAUCUGGUUUUGAUGUUUCCAGAUCUGCUACUCAACACUCUUUCUUUGGAACAAUCAUUGGUACCAACUGGGGGGGGGGGGGGAGAACAUUCCCAUAUAUAUUUUUGUUGGUUCAUGGGUACUUUAUGACCCAUGGGGUCUAGGCAGAUUAUCCCUAUGCUGAACCCAGUGAAAUGAAAAAUUGGGCAAAAUGUUCUUUGGAUCUGAUCUAGGGUUUCAGAAUCUCAGAUGAGCUAGAUUGCUUCCGGAACAGAAUUCCAAGAGCUGGAGUGAGGAAUUCCAGAUUUACAAAGAUCUGGUAUUUGCAGCUGGAAAGGGAGUCUUUUGUCUGGUCUAUAAAGAUUUUCCAGCAAAUAUUUAAUUAUUGGCUAAAAACUUGAGGCACAGCUGAAUUUUAGUCCACUGAGAGAACAAUCCUGGCAUCAAAAUAUGAAGUUUACUCCGGAAACUUGGCUAUUCAGAGAACUUCUUAAAAAAAUAAUAAUUUAUUUUUCAGAUUAUAAAAAUUUACAAACAAUUAUCAGACAACCAACGUAGAAAGGGAAUUCCGAAGAAUCUCCUGAGCUUCCCUCCUCCCCUUUGUGGGUCCUUAUAUUAACCUUUUCCUCCUGCAUCUUGUCUAUUAAUCCUAAUCUAUUAAAACUCCAGUAUACCCCAAAUUCAACAUAAAGCUUCAAGUGUUAUUCCAAUCCUACUAAUAAUUUUAAUUGUUUACAGUGGUUUUUAAGGUAAAUUAUAUAUUUCCCACAUUCCUGAUUAAAAUUUGGUCUUCCUGAUUUCUGAUUCUUCCAGUCAUUUUUGCCAAUUCGGCAUACUCCAUCAACUUGAUCUGCCAUUCUUUCUCUGGUUGGGACUCUGUCAUCUUUCCAUCUCUGGGCCAAUAACAUCUGAGCAGCAGUGGUUGCGUACAUAAAUAGUCUUUUCUGAUCUGUUAAAUUUUGGCACCUAGAAUUUCUAAAAGGAAAGCUUCAGAGAACUUUUUUCCCCAAGAGAUUUUUAUUUUUUUUAACAAUACUUUUGUGAAGUGUGUUGAAGUUUUAUUACAACCGGGUGGUCUAUAAAUCUUGUGAAAUAAAUACAGAAAAUCCCCUACACCUCAGUUCACUGCCUGCUCCUGAGUGAGGUCCUGUUGCAACACUGGGUCCAAGCAGAUGCUCACACCAGUAUUCCCAAACUGAGUUCCCCAUUGGCUUUAUGGGGUUUAUUUGUGGAAAAAUAUUAGGCGGAUGCGAGGAAGCGGGCGGCAGUAAAUGAAAAACAGAUAGAACGAAUAAAGUGACUUUUUUUCCUGCUUCGCUUUCUCCUUUGUAGGUCCCAGUCCAAGAUGGCCACCUAAACAACCACGUACCUCUGGUGACAGAAGACGCUAUGCAGUAACACCUCCUUCAGAAACUCUCUCCCUUUCUUUCUGCCUGACGCAGAAGACAUUUUUAUAACGAAACAUUGUGCAAUAUGUUAAGACCGUGCUAAUGGGCAGCAGAAAUAAUCAAGCCUUUGAAAAGGGAAAAAAAAGGAAAAAGCAACCAACCAACCAACCAACCAACCAACCAACCAUAUCUGUGUGACUUGUCUGUCCUUUUAAGAAUUCAGAAAGAGGCCAUGGAAUCUUCCGGAAUGAGCAAGACUGUGGAUGUGUCUGUAGUUCACAGCAGGACUCGACUCUUCCACAUAAACAGAAUUUGGGCCUUGAAAUAUCAACGUACAGCACUCUAGAUUCCAGGUUUUGCCUAUUUCUGACCAAAACUAUCCGCAGACGUGUGAAAUGUGUAUUUUUCAAUAUACAGUGUAGCAGGAUAAUUAACAGAACUUGCUUCAGAAUUGAAGUUUCAUUAUGGGUUGUUUUUUUAGAAAAGAAAACAGCAGCAGCAGCAGCAGCAGGUAACAUAAGACGUAUUUUAACUGCUAUAAUUGGAAUAUGGAAAUCAAACACAUGAAAGGAAGCAAAUUG